UGAUGUAACAGGGGGAGAAGCGUCCUGUAAUCACCACUCUGGAAAUCUGAGAUACUGGGCUGACUAACUCUUUGGCUUGUCACUUCUGAUCAUGUGCUGCUCCAGAAAUACAUUGCAACUUCUAGACACAGGUUUCUGGGAGUGACACAGAAGACCUGCAGCAGAGGGAUCUGGAGGGGUGCACUACAUAAGAAGUUUGUGAACCCCAGGAUCAGGGUCCUCCUUGCGUCAAUUCUGCAGAUUAAGUUUCAGACAUGGCGACGCGGGUUUCCACUUCGGGGCCCCCCCAGCGCAUUUUAGGCUCAGAGGAAUACAGCCUCUACAGCAGCCUGAGUGAAGAAGAACUCAUACAGAUGGCUAUCGAACAGAGUCUCUCGGACAACAGCACCAACCAGCCAACGGGCCAGCACCAUCAAAAGCAACGGCAGUGCAACAGCGUCAAUGCCGAGCCCCCCAGGUCCUCUCAUCGGCCCCCGCAGAACAGCAACAGGUCCCUUCAGGCCGCCGCGGCGCAGACCGUGAACCCUGACUUCAACACGGGGGUCGUGAGGAAGAGAUACGAUGGGAGUUAUUGUCUCAACGCCAAGACUGUAGAACGGAACCCCAUCGAGGAGAUGAUCAAAAAGGGAGAUGAGGAGGCGCUGAGCAACCUCCUGAAAUCCGGGACACGGCUGUGCGAACCCAACAAAGAUGGCUGGCUACCCAUGCAUGAGGCGGCGUACUAUGGCUCCCUGCACUGUCUGAAGCUUCUGCUCAGAGCAUAUCCUGUGAUGAUCGACCAGCGGACCCUGCACGAGGAGACGGCGCUGUACCUCGCUACUGUACAGGGGCACCUGGAGUGCAUACAGUUUCUGCUGCAGUCUGGAGCUGAGCCCGACAUUGUGAACAAGUCCAGAGAAACCCCCCUGUAUAAAGCGUGCGAGCGGAAGAACAGCAGCGUGGUCCAGAUGCUGGUGGACUACAGGUCUGACGUUAACCACCGGUGUAACCAGGGCUGGACGGCGCUGCAUGAGGCGGUGGCGAGAAACGUGCUGGAUAUCAUCGACAUCUUGGUAAAGGGAGGAGCAAAAAUUGAGGCCAAGAACUGUUACGGCAUCAGCCCCUUAUUUGUGGCCGCGCAGAGCGGACAGCUGGAGGCGUUGCGGUACUUACUCAAAUGCGGAGCGGACAUAAACACCCAGGCCAAUGACAGCGCCACAGCCCUCUUUGAAGCCUCCAAAAACGGCCACGACGAGAUUGUUGAGUUCCUCCUGGCACAAGGAGCUGACGCCAACAAGCAAAAUAAAGAUGGGUUUUUACCCAUUCACAUCGCAGCCAAGAAACGUGACAAUGACGACAUAGUCUCAAUGUUGAUCCCUGUAACCAGUCGCGUGCGAGUGAAGAGGAGUGGGAUAAGCCCCUUGCACAUAGCAGCCGAGUGCAACAACGAUGGCGUCUUGGAAGAGCUCAUCAAUGCUGGCUAUGAUGUCAACUUCACCCUAUCGUUUGACCGGGCCAGGCUGUACGAGGACAGGCGCAGCACCGCACUUUACUUUUCCGUCAUGAACAACAAUAUAUAUGCAACAAAAUUGCUGCUAGAAGCUGGAGCCAACCCCAAUAUAGAUAUCAUCAAUCCGCUGCUGAUCUCCAUACGACAUGGCUGCAUCACCACCAUGAAGAUGCUUCUGGAUCACGGGGCAAAUAUAAAUGCUUAUAUCUCCACCCAUCCUACCUCCUUCCCGGCCACCAUCAUGUUCUCCAUGAAGUAUCUGAGCUUGCUGAAGUAUAUCAUGGAUCUUGGGUGCGAUGCAGAUUCUUGCUUUACGUGUGAAUAUGGAAGUGCACCUCAUCCUCCAGUGGAGGAUCCAAGGCGACAGAAUGAUACACCCCAAGAUCAAAAACAGCCAAAAAUUGUCCAGUUUUGUGAGAUGGUUUCCACUCCGGAGUUGAGUCGCUGGGCCGGUCCCAUCAUCGACGUCCUCUUGGAUUACGUGGGGAACGUGCAGCUCUGUUCCCGUUUACAGGAGCAUCUAGACAGUUACUCUGAAUGGGACUGUAUUAAGACCAAAGCAGAACUGCCGAGACCUCUUACCCACUUGUGUCGCUUAAAGGUGCGGAGUUUGUUGGAUAGAAAUCGCCUAAAACUAUUGGACACUUUGCCACUUCCCGGUAGACUCAUCCGAUACUUAGGUUAUGAUACCUCUAACCAGAGUUAGCUGCUGAAACAUUGAGGACAUGAGGAGCCAAGUGAUGGAAACCAGGUUGUGGGGUUGGCGUUAUUGCUGCCUUCAUAGGGCACAACGUUCAGAUCACAGCGCUCCUCGGGGCCGUCUCAAGAAGCAACAGGCAAGUUACAAAAAGACAAUGGAAGUUACUGAAUACAUGACUGACGAUGAUCACGUGUCUCAUGAAGUGGAUCCCACGGGCUAACUGAUGACCCAGCCCUCAAAACUGCUGCAAUCUGUGAGCGGCGAGUUCACUUUAAAAGAAUGCUCCGUCUUUGCACUGCUGUGUCACAUUGUAUUUAGUGUUUUUGCAUGGAAAUUCGCUGUUUGACAAGUGACUGCUUGCUAUUGUGAUAGCAAGUUCUGGUUUUGGCCAGGAUGGGGUUAAUAGUUUUUUUUGUUUGGGUUAUUACUGCCCUCUAGUGGUGGCCAUACAUAUAUGCACAGACAAACUCAUCCUUCCCAAAUAGGACUCGGUAUGUUGCAACCAAACUUCCUGACCUCUCACCAGUCCUCUGACUGGGUGUCCCAAAAAUGUCCACAUGUUCUCAGAAGGGAGGAGCCAAUCAGAAGCGGAAAAGGGCCCUGGUUGGUUUCUUCCAGUAUAUAUGCAGCUGGAAGGACCAAAUCAUGAACCUUAUUGGCGCUCCUAAUGGGCUGAGGGUAAAAAUUGAGCCCUGUAAUCACGUAAAGGGGUUGCCUUUAUGAAGAUGACCCCUGCUGAUGUGACUGAUUAGGACAUAAGGACUACCUAAAGGGGGUCCCCCAGCUUCCAUUACGAGGGGCCCCAUGCAUCUGAAUGGCCUCCAUAUAAUACUACAUUUACACUGCACAGGAAAUAUCUGCCUGGUCUAGGGUUGCCACCUUUCCCAACAAAAAAUACUGGCCAUGUUAAGCCAUGCCCCAAAGGGGGUGUGGUUGUAGGGCGUGGCUUAACAUGGGGUGUUAUAAUGUGGCUCCCAGUAUUAUUAAUGCUCCCAUUAGUGCCCCCCAGUAACUUUAAUGUCUCCAUUAGUGCCCCCCAGAAUUGAUAAUGUCCCCCAUUAGUGCCCCAA